CAACAAUCCAACACGCUAUAAAAGGCAAUCGCAAGGACAAGAUCUUCAUUCGAAGACGAUUGUCUUUAACAAAGACGAAGAUGAAGAUGUUAGUAUUCGCCGGGCUGCUCUCCUUGAUAGCCUCUGCUGUGUCCGAAGAUGACGACCAGACGAUGGCCUUGAAAUACUUGAACCAGUUCCACUACAUCUCACCGUCAAGAUCUGGAAACCACGACGUGAAGACGGCUCUGGAGAAAUUCCAGUCAUUUGCUGGGCUCCCUGUGACGGGGGAGAUUGACGCUGCCACCAUCGCCCAGAUGAAGAUGCCGCGAUGUGGAAUGCCUGAUGUGGAUGACGACGGACUCAGAAUUCGAAGAUAUAACCUUCACAGAAAGUGGAACAUGAAGCAUCUUACAUACCAUAUCUCGUAUGGCCAAGAUCUUUCGCGUUCAGUACAGGACCGAGUCUUCGCCAAAGCUCUCGAUUACUGGGCCCAAGUAUCUGGACUAAGCUUUUCUCGCACAUUUUACGGACAGAAGGCUGACCUCAAAAUCAGCUUUGGACCCAAGUCUCACGGAGGCCCUCAUGAUCCCAUGUGUACAUGUGUUCACCCCUUUGAUGGACCUGGAAAUACCUUGGCCCACGCUUUCUACCCCUCUGAUGGCGUCGUUCACUUUGACGAGGACGAGGAUUUCACGGACGGGACCUCAGAAGGCAUGAACCUGCUCUGGGUGGCGACGCACGAGUUUGGCCACUCCCUCGGUCUGCGCCACACUGAUGUGCAAGAUGCGGUCAUGUUCCCGUACUACACGGGCUACGAGCCAGGCUUCGACUUGAAGGCUGACGAUAUCGCGGGAAUAAGGGCUCUUUACGGAGACGAAAACUCCGGUGGCUCUCGAGACGAAAACUCCAGUGGCUCGCAACCCUGUGUUGACAACUACAAAAGCUGCCCAGGCUGGACCGCCUAUUGCAACAAUGACGAUUACGUCAUCGCCAAUUGCAGGAAGAGUUGCGGGAGUUGCUGAGUGAUGUCAUUUUAUUGUAGAAUUAAUGUUUGCUGAAUAAACACAGCAAUCUGAUACCUAAGCGUCUUUAAUCACCGUUAAUAGUACCAAAACAUAAUUCAUUACAUUUUUAUUCAGUCUUCCGAUAAGUUAGGCCAUGCAUGUGUUUUUAAAAGUUUCGUGCCAAAUCUCAAAUUCCCUCCCUGUCUCAGCAAUAAACGAACAAGACGCAAUAGUCAGCUUGAGUUCAGGUUACUCUAUCAUAGAAUUCAGCAAAUCUCAAAUUUUCUCCCUGUCUCAGCAAUAAACGAACAAGACGCAA